AUGCGUUCUUUUAUUUUCGUCGCCGCUGCUGCUGCAGGCCUUGCAAAUGCCCACGAGUCAGCGACAUGGACCUCCGAUGUCACAGUCACCGCAACCUCCACCCGAACUCACACGUUCUGUCCUGUCACGCAAGCAACAACAUGCGAUGCUGCCGACGCCACCGAUGUAAGCGGUAACCAUGGCCAUCACGAUGGGAAUGGAGCCAGCAACGCGCAAGAUGCUUGGUGGUCGAUCUGGCAGUCGCAGAAGACGAACUACGGCGUCUGGGAUGACUGGAACACGGCAUCCGAAACCGCCAGUGCCACCGCCAGCGCAACGACCACUGAUACCGGGUCAGGAAAUGGAGGUCACGGUUCCGGCCCAAGCAGCAGCUACUCGUACAGCACCUCUGGCUCAGGCUCAGGACCAUCUUCCAGCUACAGCUACAGCUACACCCCAUCCUCCAGCACCUCGGCAUCGGCCACUUCUACCACCAGCGCUGCGGGCUGCCCAACAUACACUCCUGCCCAAAACGCGACGUAUGACUACUGCAACUCUGCUUCCGACCGAUCGAAGUGGUGCGACGAGAAGAGCAUCAAGUCUGACUACUACACCAACGACUAUGAUACCGGCGUCACUCGCGAAUACACUUUGGAGAUCACGAACACUACCCUGGUCUACGAUGGGACGGGUCCCAAACUCGCAUUGGCUGUCAACGGCCAGGUCCCUGGACCUGUCAUUGAGGCCAACUGGGGAGAUACUGUGAAGGUCACUGUCAUCAACAAAUUGCAAGACAACAGCACGUCUAUCCAUUUCCACGGUAUUCGCCAAUUCGGUACCAAUGACCAAGAUGGUGUUCCGGGUGUGACCGAGUGCGGCAUUGCUGGAAACGGUGGCUCACGCACAUACACAUGGAAGGCCACCUCAUAUGGUACUUCAUGGUACCACAGCCACACGUUUGCGCAAUACGGUGACGGCAUUCGCGGCCCUAUUGUCAUCCACGGACCUGCUACCGCCAACUACGACUAUGAUAUGGGUACGGUCAUGAUCGAUGAUACUUACACCAAUACCGCUGCCGCUCAGGCCGCUGUCAUUGCCCACUUCGGACCCGGUGGUUCGUUCAACACUCUGUUCAACGGCAAGAACAAGAACCCUGACCCAGUUGGCCCCGGUGGCGCUCCUUUCUCGUGGGGACUCAAGCCUUGCAGGAAGCACUUGUUCCGCAUCAUCAACAGCUCUACGCAAAACAGCUGGAUUGUUAGCUUCGACUCUCACAAGAUGACCGUCGUUGCCGCUGACUUCGUGCCCAUCGUGCCAUACACGACCACCACUCUGAAGAUCGCCAACGGUCAACGAUACGACGUCAUUGUUGAGGCUGAUCAAAUCCCAAGCAGUUACUACGUUCGUGCCGUUAUCCAGUCCGGAUGUCCUUCAGGUGGUGCCAAUUCUGGUCUCGGCACGGCCAACGCUGUCAUCAACUACGAGGGUGCCACUCCGGUCACGCCCAUCAACAACACUCCCAUCACGAACGUCACGGCCAACAUCUGCCAGGAUGAGCCCCUUGCUUCCCUUGUGCCCUUCCUCCAGAAGCCUGGUGGCAGCGCUACCGCUUUCCAGGCGUCUGCGUCCACCAUCCCCGCUGGCUCGGUCACCUCGGUUGCGACCAACGAUGAUGGCACUGUCUUCCAAUGGUACAUCAACAACGCUGUCAUCAACGUCAACUACAGCCAACCGACUCUUAAGACCCUGGCUGAAGGUGGCUCUAACGAUCUUAUCAGCAACUCCGUCAUUCUCAACCAGGCUAAUACUUGGGUCUACUUCGUCAUCCAGAACCAGUUCUUUGCUUCUCAUCCUAUGCACAUCCACGGCCACGACGUUUCCGUCCUCGGCACUGGCGUUGGCACUUUCACCGCCGACAUGAUCUCAACCCUCAACUUCGAAAACCCCACUCGUCGUGACACCGUGAUGCUCCAAGGUUCUGCCGGUCCAGGGAACCCCGCUGGAUACACGGUCAUUGGCUUCGAGACGGACAACCCGGGUGCCUGGCUCAUGCACUGUCAUAUCGCCUGGCAUGUUGAUGGUGGUCUUGCUCUGCAAUUCGUCGAGCGACCAGGCGACAUCACGACCGGUAAAUAUGUCGGCGAUGACUUCAAGGGUGAAUGCUCUGCGCUGCAGGAAUACGAGUCUAGCAGCCCACAAGGCGCCAAGUUGUCUGGUCAGUCUGGCUUGAAAGCCCGUGGUUACUCUGAUGAGUUGGACUUUGGACUGUGGAACGGUGGUGCCAAGAUGAACAUCGAACAGUACCGCAAGCGAUACGCUCACCGUCACGCUCACUAA